ACCCCUAUAAAUGAAACCACCCAUACUUUCAACAUACACUGCUUCACUUCUUCUGUUCUUCACUCACUUUCUUUGUUUGCUUAAGAAAAUGGCACUACCAGUUCUACUCCUUCUGAGCUCCUUCCUCACUGUUUUUGCUCAAGACCUUCACACUAUCCCACCCUCUUCUCCUUCAUCACCUCAUCACCCCCCACCGGCUCCAGUGGCCCAUCACCACCUCCCACCCACACCGACCCCCACUCCUCUCCACCCACCACAUUACACUCCCACCCCUGCACCUGCACACCCUCCUGUUCACUCGCCAGCUCCAGUGCCACACCCUCCGGUUUCUCCUGUUCCAAGAAGCUUCGUAGCAGUUCAAGGUGUUGUCUAUGUCAAGUCCUGCAAGUAUGCUUCUGUUGACACUCUCUUGGGAGCCCUACCUCUCCUUGAUGCCACUGUGAAGCUCCAAUGCAACAACACAAGGUACAAGUUGGUCCAAACAGCCAAGACUGACAAGAACGGUUACUUCUUCCUUGAGGCACCAAAGUCCAUAACCACCUACGGUGCUCACAAAUGCAAUGUCGUGUUGGUCAGUGCGCCCAAUGGCCUCAAACCCUCUAACCUCCAUGGCGGUAUCACCGGUGCUCUUCUAAGGCCACAGAAACCCUAUGUCUCAGACUCCAAGCUUCCCUUCUUCCUCUACACUGUUGGGCCUCUUGCUUUUCAGCCCAAUUGCCCAAAAUGACCAACAAUUUAAAUUAGUCCAAGUCGCAUAUGCUGUUUUAUUUCGUGCUUUAUGGUGUUUCCAUUUUCUAGAAUAAUUAUGUUUGUAUUCUAGAUUUCUAGUGUAGUGUUUCUGGGUUUCGAUUAUUACUAUACAAUAAGAGUGAUAGUAAUAGAUGGAUCUGGUUGUGAUUAUAUUUCGUAUAAAAAACUCUUGUUGUCUUUUAUCUA